GAGGUUGCACGGGACCGAGGGCGCGGGGCGGAGGCGCAAGCCGGUGCAGCCAUGGUGAAGAUCAGUUUCCAGCCCGCCGUGGCGGGCGUCAAGGCGGACAAGGCGUCCGCAUCCACCCCGACCGCGGCGUCUGGCCCGGCCGCCGAGAUCCUGCUGACGCCCGCGAGGGUGAGAGGCGCCGAGUCUCAGGAGGAGCGCCCCCCUCGCCACCGGCCCAGGAAGGGGGGCUCGGUGGGCGGCGUGUGCUACCUGUCCAUGGGCAUGGUCGUGCUGCUUAUGGGCCUUGUGUUCGCCUCCGUCUACAUCUACAGAUAUUUCUUCCUCGCUCAGCUGGCCCGAGAUAACUUCUUCCACUGCGGUGUGCUCUACGAAGACUCCCUGUCCUCCCAGAUCCGAGCCCGGAUGGAGCUGGAGGAGGACGUGAAGAUCUACCUUGAGGAGAACUACGAACGCAUCAAUGUCCCUGUGCCCCAGUUUGGUGGCGGGGACCCUGCAGACAUCAUCCACGACUUCCAGAGGGGUCUCACUGCCUACCACGACAUCUCUCUGGACAAGUGCUACGUCAUCGAGCUCAACACCACUAUUGUGCUUCCUCCUCGCAACUUCUGGGAGCUCCUCAUGAAUGUGAAGAGAGGGACCUACCUCCCUCAGACGUACAUCAUCCAGGAGGAGAUGGUGGUGACGGAGCACGUCAACGACAAGGAGGCCCUGGGCUCCUUCAUCUACCACCUGUGCAACGGGAAGGACACCUACCGGCUGCGCCGUCGCACCACCAGGAGGCGGAUCAACAAGCGUGGGGCCAAAAACUGCAACGCCAUCCGCCACUUCGAGAACACCUUCGUGGUGGAGACUCUCAUCUGCGGGGUGGCGUGAGGCCCCUCCCCCAGGCCAUCCCUGCCCUCCGUCUCUUUUCUCCUUCUGGCCGUUCUCCGGCUCUCCUCUUUCCCCUUGCUUAGCUUGUAUCUUGGGCGCCUUUCUAUAGAUGUGACAUGUCCCACCGCUCCUCGCCAGCCCUGCCCUCCUGCCUGUACCAGGGCCGUGGUCUCUCGAGGCCCCUGCUCCAGUUGGCCUCCCAGGGGUGGGGUGCAAAGGAUUGGACACCCAAGAUGAUUUCUGUGGCCCAUUGCAUUGAAGUUGGCUCCCCAGUGGCUGGGCCAAGGGGAAGGUCUAGAGAGAGGGGCUGGACAUCCAAGGGCCCUGGGCAGAGGCAAGGGCAUGGACGGGGGUCGGGGUAGGGGACUGGUUCAGAAGAAACCUGCACAGUUGGGGAAAGCCUCAAAGGCUUUUUCUUUGCACCACACACUUCUGUCCUGAUUCCUAAGCCUGGGUGUGGCUUGCCUGUGGGAGGACUGUGUCCUGGGUUAGACCCAUCAGAGCACAAGGGAAGGUGGCUGUCCUGGGCUCUCCCUGGGACCCUUGUCAGUGCCUUCAGCCCACCAGCAAGAGCCUGGAGUUUGGGGGUGGGAUGCAUCUGCCAAGCACAAUUGUUCUCUGAGUGGAACCAAAGAAAAGGGGAGCCCAGGCCCUUGGCCUGGUGUCUAGGAGCACAAGCCACCCCCCCCCACACACACACACUUCCUCACUGCCAAGGCAGGAGCAGAUGGACUCAGAAAGACAGACACCAGGAAGGUCAUCUGCUGUGAGCUGUGGGCCAUGGGCGGUGUGCAGAACUAUAAGCCAGGGGUGUGUGGAAGAUGAAAGGUUGGGGGAGAGCUACCUGGUACUUGCGUCCCUGCCUCCUCCAUUCCGAAUCCAUCCUUCUGCCUGGGGGUGGGGGGUGCGAUGUUUUCCCGCCUUCUUCUCACUUUUGCAUGUUGUUAACUGGCGUUCAGUGUGCUCACGGUCCUCAGCCCUGAGCCCGGGAGAGGCUCCGGCGCCUCCCGUGAGACGUGGACGGUCGCCGGAGAUGAAACUCUGAAAUGCUUUGUAUAUUUUCUCUAUUAGAUCUCUUUUCAGAAGUGUCUAUAGAAAAUAAAAAUCUUUUACUUCUGA